AGCCUAUUUAAUGUAUAGGAAGCAUAGGUCUACUGUCUACAUAUCAUUGGCAUCAUCAUAAUCUGUACAGUUUUCGUCUCAUUUGUUAGGUACGCCAUUCUCUCAUUUUCUCAGGCAAUGAUAACUGGAUAAAUACCGCGUUAUUCUAGCGUUUUUGUUAGUGUCUACAAAUCUAGGCUACACUGUCCAAGCCGUUCUUCUAUCGAGGCUCUUCUAUUGUAACCGUACCCGUACCGCAUUGAGUGGCGGAGCGAGGCUGACGCUAGUUGCAGAAAACGUCACAGAUUUUUCGCUUUUUAAUUUAUUUUUUUAAACAGACCAAUCUUGCCUCACUCUGCCGCUGGACUCCAUUCCAACCACUGAUCCAAUCACAUCCCUGAUUUCGCCUCAUCCUAUCGCCCGCUGUUCCUCAUAUUUUUAAUAAGGAAAAAUACAUCCUCAAAUUUCCACCAUGGCAAGCAACGAAGUCAAAUCGACGGCGAAAGAGGAUGAGAAUGCUGGAAACUGGAAAGAUUCCAUCUUCAACCCAAGGACCGGGGAGUUUUGCGGGCGCACAGCGAAGAGCUGGGGCCUCAUCCUCCUGUUCUACCUGGUGUUCUAUGCAUUCCUGGCUGGGAUGUUCGUCCUCACCAUUUGGGUCAUGCUGCUGACGCUAGACGACUAUGUGCCAAAGUACCGCGACCGGGUGCCACACCCAGGGUUGGUCAUCCGGCCAAAGCAAUUGGACAUGCUGUUUAACAGAUCAAAACCUCUCCAGUUCAGCACGUAUGUCCAGACCUUAGAGUCUUACCUGCAACAGUACAAUGACACGGAGCAGGAGAGGAAUGAGGCGUGCGCAGCAGGGGUCUACUUUGAGCAGGAGGGAGAGGUGGGCGAGCAGAGGAAGGCCUGUCAGUUCAAGAGGAGCUCUCUGAGCCGCUGCUCCGGCCUGUCCGACUCCACCUUCGGUUACGCUGAGGGGAGACCAUGUGUCCUCCUCAAAAUGAAUAGGAUCAUUGGGCUGAAGCCGCGUGGAGAUCCCUAUGUCAACUGCACGGCAAAGAGGGACAACCCCAUACAGAUGCAGUACUUCCCCAGUGAGGGACGCUUCGAUAAAAUGUAUUUCCCUUACUACGGCAACAAACUUCAUGAGAGGUAUGUGCAGCCCGUGGUUGCUGUUAAGCUGUUGCUGAACAAGGAGGACUACAACACGGAGCUGACCAUUGAAUGCCGGAUUGAGGGAUCCGACCUGCGCAACAACGACGACCGAGACAAGUUCCUGGGCCGCGUCACCUUCCGAGUCACAGUCAAAGAGUAGUGAGGAGGAGGCUAGUGUGGAGAAAUGUGGUUCUUACUCCUCGAGGAAGAUUCCUGGUAGAAUAUGAUGGGCCUAAUUCCAAACCAAUCCCUCCACCCUCAGUCCAUAUACUAGGCGAGGGACAUUCAAAUCUGGUAUUUUUCACAUCACCUUGGUAGUUCAUUGAUUGGCCAGAUAAUCUACUCACCUGUUGUUACAGUUCAGUCUCUAGUUAGGCGGGAUGGGAAAUGAUUAAAACCAGCAGUUCUCUGAACCCUGAAUCCCGGAUUUGAAUACCCUUCUCUUAGGCUCUUGUUGACUCCAUCUUGUAUUUCUGAUAGGGUUGGAUAUGUGUAAGCAUAGCAAGAGUGGCUAGAUGAAGCAAUUAUAUCAUAGCUGAUGCAUAUCCAUUCCUUUCAGAUCUACAGUGCAUCACACCCAAAAAGGGCCUAGGCUAGUGCCUACAAAUGUAGGAUCUGUCUUUCGUUGCUGAGGAUUUAGCAGGAAAUGUAAACAAAGGCUUCUAAAGUUUGUCAUUUCCACUUUGAAAUUUCCGACUUGAUUUGCCCUAACGAAAAAUGUAUCCAGCCGU